AUGAACGAAUGGCUGGAGCGCGUUCGUGUUGUCGUUGGUGACAUCACGAGCUUGAAGGUCGACGCGAUCGUCAACGCGGCGAACACGUCGCUGCUCGGCGGCGGCGGGGUCGACGGCGCAAUCCAUCGCGCGGCGGGCCCGAGACUUCUCGAACACAACCGAACGCUCAAUGGAUGCGCGACCGGCAAAGCGAAGAUCACGCCGGCCUUCGGCCUCGAAGGCAACGGCGUUCGCCACAUCAUCCAUACCGUGGGCCCCGUCUGGGGCACCGACCCGCGUGCCGACGGAAGCGAACCACUCGGCUACCGCCUCGAGGACAACCAACUCGGCGAGUGUUACCAAAGCUGUCUCGAACUCGCGCGCGACAAUGGAGUGGAGACGAUCGCGUUUCCGGCGAUCAGCACCGGCGUCUACAACUUCCCGAAGGCACGUGCCGCUCAAAUCGCAGUCGGUCAUGUUCGCGCCUGCCUCGCGCGCGAAGACAAACCGGCGGGCGUCUUCUUCUGCUGCUUCUCCGAAGAGGACGCGGCGUUCUAUCGCGCACAUCUCGCUCCGGUUGGUUACGCCGACCCCAUCAACAUCGGCGAUUGA